GCCGCAGCGUGUUCUAUCCGUGCCUGUGUGCUGAUGUGUCGGAUGGCAUCCGGCAUAGUCGCGCUGUGAUGGCACCGCGGGUCACCAAAGAAGCAGAGGCAAGGCGAUUGCUCAACGAGCCGAUGGGCAACCUGCGCGAACUGAGAACGGCUUUGGAUUUGCUUGGCAUGGACAAGGAUCGACUUCAUAUAUCAGGGCCUCUCGAGGUUGAUGAUCACAAGGUUGAGUUGCCGGUAGAACCUUACUCCGACUGUGAUAUUCUUUGGCGGGAAAAUGGCACUUACGUGGUGAACCCAAAAGUUCCUCCAUUGCCACAGAAAAUAUCGUUCAACAAGGAGGAACUCCAGAGACUUCAAUGUGUUUUGGUGGAGAGGGACAAGUACCUUACAGUCAGGGAGCGCUGGGAAGGACGUCAUGUGAAGCCAAAGACUGUGACGUAUCGAUUUGCAGAAGAGGCGUUGAAGGACCUAAAGUUUCACAAAGUCCGGACGGCAAAAGAAAGCUACUGGGAGGUUUGCAAGGUGAGAGAUUUCCCAAAAGAGGUGAAAGAUCUUCAGCCAGAAGAACUGGAGAAAACGUUGCAAGACCUCGGCCCCAAGCAAGUCGGGGCGGCAAACGCAGCAAAAAUCAUGCCUGGCCAGCGCCUGAUUGAAAUCGAAAUAGCGUUGCCAGAUCCACGCCAGCUGAAACUUAUCAGGAGCGAAACGGUGGAAUUGGACGACAUAAAGGAUCUGAAAUGGGAUACUAUAAAGGUUGAAGACAUGGCGGAGAUUCCAAAUUGCUUCUCAGAUUGGGACUGUGCUGCCGCAGAUGCUGGAUUGCCAUUCCCGUGCCGCCUCAAGAUUGACCUCGUUGCUCCAGGGUCCAGGGUUGUUGGCAUCUGCGACAAGACGAAAAAGCACAUCCUGCAGAUGUUGAGUUGCAACUCCUGUAAGCAUUGCGCAUUGUUUCCGAAGGGUGCAGAAGCUACCGACGCUGCAAGCAAAGCUGAACAACAUCCCCCUGGAGCAACUCCGGCCAAGAAGGUUGAGCAUGUCCCCACACACACAGUCGAGGUUCAGCAUGUCUCCUUGGAUGAGCUUGAAAAGUUGCAGAACAAUGGGCAGGAUGUCUUCCUCAUUAAAUUCGAAAGGCCUCCACGGGAACGGAUCUCGAGAUCUGAGGCUGCUGUUCGCCACAGGCAUUUCACCGAAGAGUUUGCGGAGGGCUGGAAGGAUGAUCUUUUUCUUUUUGAAACUUGGUUGGCAUCAAAGGCAUUGUCCCCAAAUCACCUGAAGUUCGUAUUCCGAAAGCUUCUGGAGUCUGUGCGAAAGGAAAUUACCGAGUUCGAGCGUAAGAAAACGCAUCGUUUUCAAUCACUCCUCUCCAAGAGCAUCCGCUUGGUUGACUUGAAGAGUCGCCUGGAGAAGGCGAAAGCUGAACACAGCAUCACCGCGCAGAAGCAAGAUCGCUCGAAAGACCUGUCCGCUGAACUCAAGGUCAUUGAACAAGAGCUGAAGUUCCUUCUCGAUCAGGUACCCCCUUCUUUUCUGAAAGACUUGAAGGACUUAUCCCAUGAAUUCGCAAAACGAGGAGAUCAACUCAGCAAAGGGGUCAUGAUGCCAGAGCCAAAUGAAUCGCAGUCCAGGCGUUCGAGGAGCAUGCAAGCCGCUCCGGUGAUGCGCGUGUCCAGUAUGAGGGAGGCGACUAUGAUGCUCGAGGAGAACUUCGGACAGUCAAUGCCCUUGGAUGAGAGGAAGAGGUUGACGGACGCCUUUGAACACUUGGAAAAAGUGUCUAGCCAGUACGAAAAGGAACUAAAAGGCCGCGCAAAGAAACAUGGAGUGACAGACGAACACCAUGAAGAUGGCAGACUCUCCUUCAAGGAGUUUGAGAGGGAAAUGAUCAGAGGUGGUGUGAAUUGGCUUGGAAGGGAGGAGCUUCAACAUCUCUUCGAUUCCAUGGAUGCAGAUGGUUCUGGCAAACUGAACCUAGGGGAGUUGCAAUGCACCGCCAUCCGUCUCACGGAUUUGGCUGACCGCGUGCAGCGAUUCUAUGAGGAGAACGAGGGCAUGUCCGCAGAGAAUUGCUUGCUGGAGUUUGGGCAUUUAUUGCAAAUGGGAAGUGAUUUGGUUGGAUCCCAGACACGUCCAUUGAUACCGGAUUGCUACAUCUCGGCCUCCAGCUGGCAUUUGAACCACCCAGAGCAUGGGUUCGGACAAAUGUGGCGAUCCAGACUUGACAGCGAUGAGUCAUGCUGGAUUGCCUCAGACACAGAUAAGAAUCCAUGGCUACAGUGGCGAUUUCCAUCCCGCCGGGAAAUUCGAGCCGUUGCGACAAAAGGCAACCCAAACGCUGCUUUCUGGGUCACCUCAUUCAAAAUCCGUUACUGGGAAGACGAAAUUGAAGACGAUGAACCGAUCCCAGACGAUGACCCAAGGUGGAAAGAAUAUCAAUUGAAAAAACAUGUAGUCACGCUCGAAGGAAACUUUGAUAUGAAUACCCGGAAGGACAACUUUCUGGUGCCUUUCGUUGCAAGCUGCGUUCGGAUUUGUCCAAAAGACAAGCAUGGACCUUGUUACUCAAUGCGUGCUUCGCUCUAUGGCAGUUUCAGGCCGCCUCCACAAACAUCUGAGCGAGAUUUUGAACUCUUUUGUACAAACUUUAAAGGUUUGUCUCAGUCUCAGCCGCCUGCUAAAAGCAUGCCGCCCACAAGGCUAAUAUUGAAAAGGCCCUGACUCGGGGCGCACAGAUAGCCAGUCCCGGAGCUGACAAAGACCUAACAUGGGUCUUGACCUUCCAAAGAGUGGCAGGCG